AAUGCUAUUAUACAUUAUUAUCAUGUCGGCACUUUACCCCUUAACCUUAAAAUAGUAUAGUUUUUAAAUAACCCCUAAAUUUAAAAAAUGGCAGAAUUAGAAUUAACCGAAGAAGAAUUGACACAAAAACAUAAAAAGGAACGGAGAGAAUUGCAAGCACAAAUACAAACGCUAAAAAAGUCAAUUUGUAAAGGUGAUAAGAAAAAGAAAAAAGAAGUGACUGAGGAAAUUAAUCGCUUAGAAGAGACUUUAGAUAAAAAGCAAGAAGAAGAGUUAAUAACAUGGAAAGUUUCGCAUCUUAAUAUUAAUAAUGUGGAAAAUGAAGAUGCAGAAAAUAGCAAUGAUAAAAGCACAAAAAAUAACAAACAAUAUGAGCAGCCAAUACAUAGAAUUUCAAAAGCACAGAAAAGAAGAGACAAGAAAGCAAUUGCAGAAAAGGAACGCAAUCAGAGAAUUAUAGAGCAAGAGGCAUUAAAUGUUUUUGGAAAAAGAAAUAUAGAAUUGCAAACUAUUAAAAAAAUACUCUGUGACCGUGGUUUAAUGAUAUAUGAGAUCCCAAGUGAUGGUCAUUGUUUAUAUAAUGCUGUUGCACAUCAGCUAAAAAUUAUAGGAGAAACUCCAUUGAAUUUUCAUGAACUUAGAACAAAAACUGCUGUAUAUUUGAGAGAAAACAUGAAUGAAUUUUUACCAUUUAUUUCUAAUCCAGAUUCUGACGAUCUUCUCUCACCAGAACAAUAUGAGAAAUAUUGUGAUGAUGUGGCAGAUACAAGUGCCUGGGGUGGAGCUAUUGAGCUACAGGUUCUUUCGCAUGUAUUGAAAUGUCCAAUAGAAGUCAUUCAGGCAUCAGGUGCACCAUAUAUUAUUGGUGAUAAUUAUAAUAAUGAUAAAAAAAUGAUAUUGACUUAUCAUCGUCAUAUGUAUGAAUUAGGUGCUCAUUAUAAUUCUGUUACAAAAUAUGUUCAAGAAGAAGAAAGCUGAUAGAGAUGGAUCUUAUAUCUGGCUAAUAUCUAUAAAAGAGAAGCUACGCAUGUUUCGUAAUACUUUUUACCGUAAAAUACAUAAAAAGCUGCCACAGUAUAAGUGUCCAGGAAACAUAUCAAUUUUAAAUUAAUAAUUCAACGUUUCUCUGGCAACUUUAACUAACAUAUACUUAAAAGUCUGUAACUUUUGUUAAGUAAUAAGUGUAAUCUAAGAUAACAAAAGUUAAUAGGUCUUCCUUUAUAGUUUUUUUGUAAAUGAUUAUUGCACUAUUAUAAAAAUUUUAUUUAUUUAUUACUUAAAUAUUUGACAAUAUAAAGAAGCUGCCAGCAAAUUGCAAGUACAUAUUACUGUUCAGUGCUUGCUUGCUCCCAAGUUUUAAUGUAAAUACCUAUUUAAACAUAAUUUAUGUUUUUUGUAACAAAAAUUUAAUUUAUGAUGAAAAUUAAAUAAAUGUUAAGGCGAUAUUAUUGCAAUAGAAA